AGGGUGCCCAUGUGGCCGCUCUGGACCAUCCUCCUGCUGGUACGACCCUUGGGAGGCCUAGGAUCACCCCUCUGUCCUCGGGAGCCUUUCUACUUCCUUGUUGCCAUCAUGAAGAUGCUGGGAAACAAAAAUGAUGGCACUCUCUACACACCAGAUGACCUCUCGGUGUGUCCUGCUGAGACUCUAGGGUGCUUCCGGCUGGAGCUGUCUGUGAUCCAGUUCGAAGAGGGCCCAUCCCUGGGGAUUGCCGUGUUCCGGCUACAGCGUCUGCUGGAUGCACUGGGGUCCCGGCUGUGGGUGACUGGCCAGGGCCCUUGUCCACCCUGCGAAGGACAUCCCCAGAGACCUGUCCCUCUCUUUCUGGCCAAGCUCUUGGAGUUAUUACAGGGGGCAUGUGCUCAGCACCGGCCCUCACCAUGAGUCUGGCAGGACAC